GUGGGUCAGUGGGAACAUAUGUCAUGGCGCCCGACAUACAGAAGCUCCAAGUUUCGCAACGUGUAUGGGAAGGAAGGUAGCAGAGAGCAGUGUUUCGACGGUAUUCCCAUCACUAAGAAUGUCCACGACAGUCACUUCUGUGCUGUCAACACCAAGUUCCUGGCCAUCGUCACAGAGAGUGCCGGUGGAGGAUCCUUUCUAAUCAUCCCUGUCAAUAAGACAGGACGAGUUGAUCCUCAUUACCCCAGGGUCUGCGGUCACCAGGGCAACGUGUUAGACAUCAAAUGGAAUCCUUUUAUGGAUCACAUCAUAGCCUCCUGCUCAGAGGACUGCUCAGUGCGUAUUUGGGAGAUCCCAGAGGGUGGACUGAGGCGGAAUAUGACAAAGAGUGCAAUGGAGUUGUAUGGGCACAGUCGGCGUGUGGGUCUAAUCGAGUGGCAUCCCACCUGCAGUGGUAUUCUCCUCAGUGCUGGCUUUGACUGCAAAAUCUUAAUUUGGAACACAGAGACAGGAGAGCCAGCGAAGAUAAUCGAUUGCCACACAGAUGUGGUUCUGUGCAUGUCUUUCAAUACAGAUGGCAGCUUGUUGGCCACCAGCAGCAAAGACAAUAGGCUGCGCAUUAUUGAACCUCGCUCAGGCAAAGUGCUACAGGAGGCAGACUGUAAGAGCCACAGGAUAAACAGAGUGGUGUUUCUAGGAAACAUGAAACAUGUCCUUACCACAGGCGUGUCACGGUGGAACACCAGACAAGUUACAUUGUGGGACCAGGAGGAUUUGUCCAUGCCUAUCAUUGAGGAGGAGAUUGAUGGACUGUCUGGGCUGCUCUUCCCAUUCUAUGAUGCUGACACACACAUGCUUUAUCUGGCAGGCAAGGGAGACGGUAACAUAAGAUACUACGAGGUAAGCACAGAGAAACCAUACCUACAAUACCUGAUGGAGUUCAGGUCUCCGGCUCCACAGAAGGGACUCGGGGUGAUGCCCAAAUGGGGACUCAGUGUGGGAGCGUGUGAGGUUUUCCGCUUCUACAAACUGGUGACUCUCAAAGGACUUGUGGAGCCCAUCUCAAUGAUAGUGCCACGCAGGUCAGACUCGUAUCAGGAGGACAUAUAUCCAAUGACAGCAGGAUCUCAGCCAGCGCUGUCUGUGACAGAGUGGCUCAGUGGAGUCGACAGAGGACCAGUGCUGAUGUCGCUUAAAGUCUAUUACAAGCAGCCCAGUUCAACAGAUUUGAGGACAUCUAAAAGAGAAGGGAGAGCUGUGGCCAUGAAAGGCCUUGAUCUGCUAGAGAACGUUCCACCAAAGACUGAAAAUGAGCUCCUCAGGACAUUCUACAGACAGCAGGAUGAGCUGAAGAGGCUUAGGAAAGAGCUCACAGAGAGGGAUGAGAGAAUCAGACAGCUGGAACUGGAGCUCCACAACCUGAAGAAUAACAGCAUGUAACUUCUCACCUGACGCCCCAUCCAGACCCACGAACCUCUACAGCCAGCCCCCAGACAUCACCAGAGAGAGCGUAUAUGCUCAGUUCACUCUCUUGUCAGGGCAUG